AGGUGUUCACACCCUCUAAAGACACACAGUGGCGUUCUUUUCUAAAUAUUAGAUAUAUGUACAAACUGACGAGACCUUUCCUCCAACCAGCGAUCUGUAUGAACCCUUGUUAGGCUUUGAGUGCAGUAAAAAUGUUGUUGAGUAAAUAACAUUUCUUUAUGGAGACAUUUGUUGUUUUUUUAUGGUUUUCAGUUUUCAACUGUAAUGUAGAUGGAUUUUUAUUUUUCUAUUUUAGAUAUUUUCAUUUGUGCUCAGAGGUACAUUUUUCCACGCAAAGUCUCUACACCAUUUCAGUUUGACUUUUUCAGUUUAUUACAGUUUAAUGAACAAGUUUGUCAACUUUAUUCAUCCUUAAAAUCCCUGUGAGGACACUGCUUCUGUCUGAUAAAAACAAAACUGAUUACUGAAGUGCAGGAAAUACCUGCAAUACAAAAACCACAGUAAAAACAACAUGAAAUUGUAUUCAUCACAGAACUGUUAGAGCCAUCCAAACAAUACAGCAGUAUCAAAACUAUAACGGAUUCAGGUCCCUGUGUUUGUCUCUACAAAGUAGAAAGAAGUUUAGCUAGUUCAGCAUCACCACUAACUUACUUGUCCACAUAUAAAUAGUAUAUGGACAAUAAAUAGUGUCUAACCAUUGUUUCUAGAUGAUCUGACAUCAAACAAUGCAGCUUCAAAUGAACCCAAGAUGACACGGCCAUGUCUGUCUGUCUUGUCUGUCUGUCUGUCUGUCUGUCCUCAGAGAUGUCGUGCCUGAUGGAGGCGCUGCAGGACAAACGUGUUCGCCUGCAGCCGGAGUGCAAGAAGAGACUUCAGGAUCGUAUCGACAUGUGGAGCUACGCUGCCAAGGUGGCUCCUGCUGAGGGUUUCUCGGACCUGGCCAUGCAGGUGAUGACAUCCCCGUCCAAGAACUACAUCCUGACUGUGAUUGGUGCAGGCGUGGCGCUGCUCUUCCUCAUGGGGCUGCUGUGUGGCAGAUUCACCAAACGAGUCACUCAGGAGCUGAAGGACAGGUAGACCCCGCCCACUCUGGAGUCAGGACAUGUCCACAGGAGGAACAACCACCACUGGAAAGGACCUCUCCAUCAUUUAGCCCUGCGUAUUCCCACCUCCCCCCCAAAAGUCCACCAGACAAUCUAAACCACUUUAUCUCUUCUCAGCCCCGUUCAUUUGUCCUUCCCCCUCCAGGCAUUUCACCUUCUGUCACAUCGCUGCUGGGGUCUACACCCACAAUCCCACAGGUGGAAGUGGGCAUGAUCAGUGACUCCCAUGCCCACCGCUGCCUCCUCUUCACCUUUUCCUUCUCUUCCUGAGCUACAGAGCACCGGGUCCUCCUGCAGUUGUAGAUGCAGUAUUACUCUGCUUUUUUUCUGUUUUCGCCUCCUCCUUUGCUGUGGGGUGAGGGUGUGAAGAGAGGGGGGGUUGUAUGGGUCACAGGUGAGGAUUUUGGGGAAAAGGUGGUGAAUGAAAUGAUACUGAGUGUAAAUGUGUAGAAAGUGGGAUAGGGAGAACGCUCAUGUAUAGAGCAGUUUAAUGACUCUAGUAUUUUAACGACUGAAGUGUGUGUGACGGGAUGAGAGUGUGUGAGCGAAUGUGUGCGAUCCAAACUGUCUUUCUGCCACCAUAUUCUUCUCGUUUGUCUUCUGCUAAAAUGUUUUUGAGGGUUGUGUUGCUCUUUUUUUGCUGUUAUGUGUCGACUUUAUCGCCAUGGGACUGCCAGGCGGGUGGUGCCAACCAGCCAGCCCUCAACCGAGCCACAGAUGGAACACACACUACACACACUCCUGCUCAAAGCUCUUCUUACAACGGAAAUUAUUUGUGGACGUUUUAGUAGUCUUUUUUUUUUUUUUAGUAUUUUUUUCUUGAAACCGCAUAUGUUGCAGCCUCAGCUCGUCUCUGAUGCAGUCGAUGAUUCUGAUUAUUUUUUGCUUCCUAUCCAACCUGUGCCAUAAAUGCACUGCGCCACCGGCUGCUCCAGUUCAGCUGCUCACGCUGCUCAUUUGCUUUUUACAUUGCCGUCGCUUCCUGGAAGCACCGACUGGUUUCCACCCACCGUCAUCCCAGUCUGAGCAGCCAGACUGGGCAAAGUGGCUUUUUUUUUUCUUUGCACAAACUCAGAGUGGCCGUCGGUAUUGCGCCAGUUGGUGUGGAAAAGCUGAGAGCAAUGCAAGAAAAAACAGAAUAAUGAAACAAAAAAUGGUUCUAGAUUAUUAGAGAUGUGAACAUUUGUGUAAAGAUGAUACUGGAAUCACUGCACAUUUUUCAUUCUUUUUUUUUUUAUAUCUAUAAAUAUAUAUAUAUUGUUUUUCAUAGCCUUAUUUAUUUGUUUACUAAUGGUCAAAGUUUUUCUUUUCUAUGAUUUGAAUGUUCUCUGGUUGCCUUUUCUCCAGCAGGAGUCCUUCCCUCCAGCAGGCGGAGGAGAGGGAGAGAACAGCAAAGUCCUCCAGGCACCAACCUGCUGGCUGAUUUGUCUUGUAGUGCUGUAAACGCCUCUUUACCACUAAGACUGACUUUGAUUACUGUGGUGAUGUUAGGAGAGCAACUCAUCACAGCACUGUUUGUCUGUUCCAGGUCAGAAAAUUCAUUAAGGUGGAGUCAUGUAGAGGCGGGUUCCUGGAGGACUCUGUCUUCUGUGAUAGGAAACUGAUUAUAUUUCGACUGUUGGUCAGGUGAAAUAAGAUAUUUGAUUGCAUUUAACAAUAAUUUUUCUACAUUUUCUGAAAUUCUACUGACCAAAUAAUGAAUCAAGAAAAAUAUUUAGGAGAUUUCAAGUUACAGCCCAAAAUGGACGUCCGCCAUCGUCACUGCUUUUCCUGCUAUGAAAAGAUGCGUUAGUGAAUGAAACAGGUAACCUCUUGUGUGCUGUUUCUGGAUCUGGUUGGUCUCAUUGUGACCCUGCAGGUCAAUGCUGGAGGAGGAAAGCGGUUGAGGUGUUGGUUGAAUUGUGCGUUCAUGCGGCCUCGUUGUCAUCGAGCUUUUUGGUCUUGGUUUAAUAAAGACAACGGAGUGAAGCGUUAAGCCAGGGUCUGUCCUCUCCCAGCUCGAGCCGAUAGUGUACAUGUGUACUAUACUGAGUGAUGACAUACUGUAAACUAUGUACCGUGCAGUCAGCCUGUACCGUUUCCGUUUUUUCUAAUUGUUGAAGUUUGGUGUGGUGAGCGCCGCCAUCCCUGCUUGUAAAUGAAACGUUCUGAUUCAUUGAACUGCCUUCACUUUUUUCCAUCUGAUGUUGGUUUUUAUCAAAGCGUGCCUAAUCACCGUCCCGCCAUGGGAUCCCACUGUACAGAACAUCCCAGAAACCCCUGCAGCACCCAGCAGAGGAGCACGUGGGCUUAUGAGUGUGUUUGACUGUGUUGCUGUGUGAUGGAUGGUGUGUGUGUGUGUGUGUGUGUGCUGCCCACAGAUUUCAGACUCCACAGGAAGCUGUGCGAUCUCCGGUCGGUUCCUUGCUGUUGUUGAGAGUGAUGAUGACUGGAACGUUUAAGUUUGUGAUGAUAAAGAGCUUUCGUAAAACAUGUUUUGUGUCUGAAUCCAUGGAGUUCCUGAUUGUCUGAAUUAUUUUCCUUGUCCACAUUUCUUUUUGGUUUCUUUUUGUUGUUCUGUACAGAUGAAAAUUGGACAGUUUGUUAAUAAUAAUAAAGUCUGCAAGGUUUCUAUUUCA